GAAGAGACGAACUGAAACUGCGGCGUCUGGCGAUUUAAACUAGAUUUAACACCGGUUGUAGGUUUAAAUAUCAGAAGUCGACCAUCGGAUAUUAAAAGACACAACCAACUAUCUAAAGAAGGCUAGUGCAGUUUGAGGUGUGAGAUGCAUGUGACGGUGCGUGAGGUCUGUAUCUCCUCGGAGUCAGAGACUUCCUACUUCCUGCGAGUGGAAUGGAGGGGGCGGGACUUAGGCUCUGGCUUCCUGUUACUGCUCACCGAUGGACAGAAUGCAUGGAGAGGAGAGGUAUCAGAGGAUGCAGUGAGGGAGGAGGCUGAGGAGUUGGAGAUGCAGACAGAUCGUUACAUCCAGGACCUCCAGCAGGCCCUGACUGGGACUGGACCCUCUACUGACUACAGCUUCACCUUGACCCAUAACCCCGGCCCAAUGGCCAACAUGACCCUGGCCUACGAGAAGGUGCAGAGGGACAUCUCGUUCUGCCUGGGUUCUGUGUUGCUGGGUAAGAUUCCAGAGCCAGUGGAGGAGGUUAGAGCGUUACUGACUCACGGUCUGGAACGUGGAACCGCACUGCAGAACCACAACCACUUACUAAAGGAGGAGAACCACAGGCUCAAACAGGAGCUACAACACAUCAAUGCAGAGUUGAAGCGGUUUGUCAGUGGGAAGGAGACACUCGAGUCAGAGCUGUACUCUCGCUUCACCCUGGUGCUGAAUGAGAAGAAGGCCAAGAUACGCAGUCUGCAGAAGAACCUCACACACCUGCAGGAGACCAGGGAAGAGGGAGAGAGCAGCAGUCCAGGGAAGGGAACGAAAAAGACGACAGGACAGACCAGAGAGGAGGAUGAAUAUGAAGCGAGCACUGAUGAUGAGCAGUUACAGCCUGCUUCUAUAGAACCCACCCAGGGGACUUCGCGUAGCCGCAGCCCAUUGGACGACAGUCUGAAUGACAUCCCAGACGUGGCACCCUCCCGUAAACGCCGCUUCCGCCACCUGCAACCUCCUGACACCGUUGCUAAGAGACCGACCUCGGAGCCAGCGCAGAAACCGAGGAGGGACCCCCUGCCAUCAUCCAGAGCAGCAGCCAAUAAGGACCAGGCUCCCCAGCAUUCUAGUGAUGUCAUUCCUGAUGCUGAGGACCUGUUUGAGGACAUCUGAGUUCUGACCACUCACUCCUCAAUCAAAUUCUUUCCCUCCCUCACUCCUUUCAUCUCUCUCUCCCUCCAUCACUUUCGUCUGUCACUCUAUCAGCCGGUCCCAACUCUCUUAGAACCCCUUCCCCUAAUUAACCCCUUCGAUGUUUGGAGAUCUGAAACAUCUGGAUAGGUGUAAACAGUGCGGUGAUGGAGCUUCCAUCCUAUUCCUUCCACCUUACAGAUCCAAAUGUAAAAGUGUAUUAUUAAUAUCAUGAAUUUGGCAUCCUAUUUAUGGUGAUAAUGGUAACUCAUUUUAAAAUGACAAAGAUCCAAUCAACUAUGGAUAGUAUACCUAGUUUCACUCUGCAUACAUAAAUCUAAUGUGAGUCGGAAUGUACUUUCACAUACACUGUAAAAUAAAUAAAUAUAUAUAUAUAUAUUCAGCGUACAAUUGUAAGGUAACCAUCCAGGCCCGGCUCGAGGAGGACAUGACCGAGGGAACAUUUUAAAUUCAUGGGGGGGGCUCUUCGACCCUCCGAACAAGUUACCUUAGUCUGAAGCUAUUGAUGUGCACACCGGUGGCAAACUUGUCCGCAGUAUGUAUAGGUGCGUUGAUAAACCGCAAUGUGAUGCUGAAUUGGAAAAGAUUUUCCAGGAGGGCACCGAGGAUGCCAGCUCCAAGGAAACGAUGGAGACAACUCUGCGAGAGUAGUGAGAGUUGAAAGCACAAAGCAUUUUUUUAAAUAUUUUUUUUGCAAACAGACAGAAAAUGUGUUUUGAAAAAUGUUUUGCCAAGCUCACAAUCCUAUUGCAGCUGGUUGCCUUACAAUUGUACAAUUUAAUCAACAUAUAUUGUUUUAAUUAUUUAUUUUAGUAUACAGCUAUUUUCAGAGGAGUUACUUUCAACGAUUCAAUGGUAGUCUACGCAGAUGAGUAUGAAAGUUGAUCGAUGUCUAACUGUGUUGACAUGAUAGCUCAGCAUAUACAAGCUUGUUACCAAAGCUAAGUAGGAUACAUGGAGGUAGGCAACUAGAUGAUAGACUCCUUCUCACUGAAGUGCAUUACCCCUCAUAUACCUGUAGGAGUCGCUGUUCAGGCAGGAAUUGUUGGAGUGGCUUCACAUUUUAUGUCAAUAUACACUAUAUAUACAAAAGGAUGUGGACACCCCUUCAAAUUCGUGGAUUUGGCUAUUUCAGCCACACCUGUUGCUGACUGGUUUAUAAAAUGAGCACACAGCCAUGUAAUCUC